CACACACCAGAGGACGAGCCGCGGUGCAACACAGACCGCAACGCCUCACAGGGGCUGGGAGCUCACCUAAAACCUCAAAGUAGAGGUGGAGGAAGUGCCGGGUGUCGCCUGAACAUAGCGGUUACAUGUACAGCAACCUCGGCUGAGGGUAACGUUGUGUGUUCGAGGACUGUACGCUGCGAUGUCGGAGUUCCUGGUGAGUCUGAUCGGGGAGCGGCUCGUCAACAGCGAGAAAGCCGAGGUGGACGUGCAGUCGCUGGGCGCCAAGCUAUCCCUGGUCGGGCUCUUCUUCGGAUGCAGCCUUAACGCCCCGUGCAAGCAGUUCAACGGAAGCCUAUGCGAGUUUUACAGCAGGUUCAAAAAGGCGUCGGAACAUAAGGACAAAUUGGAAAUCGUCUUCAUCUCGUCUGAUCAGGACCAGAAACACUGGCAAGACUUUUUGCAGGAGAUGCCAUGGCCUGCGUUACCUUUCAAAGACAGGCACAAAAAGAUGAAGCUGUGGAACAAGUACAAGGUAACCAGUAUCCCAUCUCUGGUGUUUGUGGACGCAGCAACGGGGAAGGUCGUGUGUCGGAAUGGUCUGCUGGUGGUCAGAGAUGACCCUAAAGGCCUGGAGUUCCCAUGGGGGCCAAAGCCGUUUGCGGAGGUGGUGGCAGGGCCUCUUCUCAGGAACAACAGGCAGACAAUAGACAGCAGCUCUCUGGAGGGACACUACGUGGGAGUGUACUUCUCAGCACACUGGUGCCCGCCAUGCCGCAGUUUGACCCGGGUUUUGGUGGAAUCCUAUCGAACUGUCAAAGAGUCGGGUCAGAAGUUUGAGAUUGUGUUUGUCAGCGCCGACAGGUCAGAGGAGUCCUUUCAGCAGUACUUCAGCGAGAUGCCAUGGUUGGCGGUGCCGUAUCCAGAUGAAGCUCGGCGAUCACGACUCAACAGACUCUAUGGAAUACAAGGUAUUCCCACACUGAUUCUGCUGGACGCAGAAGGUCACAUGAUCACACGACAGGGUCGCGUGGAGGUGCUGAAUGACCCGGAGUGCCAGCUCUUCCCCUGGCACCCCCGGCCCGUGCUCGAGCUCAGCGAGUCCAACGCUGUGCAGCUCCACGAGGGGCCCUGCCUCGUCCUGUUUGUGGACGCUGAGGAGGAAGGUGAAUUGGAGCCAGCCAAGGAGCUGAUACAGCCAAUAGCGGAGAAACUUAUGGCCAAGUACAAAGCCAAAGAGGAGGAGACGCCGCUGCUGUUCUUUGUGGCUGGAGAGGAUGACAUGACCGACUCCCUGCGGGACUACACUAACCUCCCAGAAGCGGCGCCUCUGCUCACUAUCCUGGACAUGUCGGCCCGUGCCAAGUACGUGCGUGACGUAGAGGAGAUCACACCGGCUGUAGUGGAUCAAUUUGUCAGUGACUUCCUCGCUGACAAGCUCAAACCAGAGCCCAUCUGAAGAGGUAGUCCAAAUAUAAAUUGGACAUACUAUAUGGGACUCACUUCAUCAUCGAACCCUGACCUGUUGAUAUGCCCCUCACCCUUCCCAGCCUCCCACUAUCUCUCCCACCUCCCCCCUGACUUUGUCAGAUUCUUCGAGAGAUGUCUCACUUUUUACUGACAUUUUAACAUUUUUUUAGACAUGUUUUCAUGGAGUCUUUUCUCCUGUGGUGCCUUGCAUUGAUGAUAGUCCCUACAGUAAUAUAUAUGGAGAUUCUGUUGGUUCUUUUUUUUGCUUCAAGAAAUGUAUUUGUAUUUUUUUUUUUCACCCAAUAGCUUUUCUGAAGUAGAGAAAACCAGAGAAUUACCCAGUGGACCUACUUAUUCAGCUGAUUCUUUGGUUUCUGUUUUGUCCGCAAGAUCCUUGUUACUUUUGGUUUGUGAAUGAUGGUGAGAAAGAAUAAAAUUCAUUUUUACAGUUAUAAUUCACAUGUAGUGCAAAUGUGUUAAACCUCAGUUGGAUGUAGCCGUAAGCCUUUAUGGCCAUAUUUAAAGAAAAAAACAGUUUGACAGAUGCACAUAGAGUAAAGAUCACAUUAUACCUGCUUGUAACAGACCAAUGACUGUUGUUUUAAGACCCCUGUGUCGUGUCGUGUGUGUGUGUGUGUGUGUGUGUGUGUGUGUGUGUGUGUGUGUGUGUGUGUGUGUGUGUGUGUGUGUUUAUAAUGUGAGUGAAAGUCAUCUCUUGCCUAUUGCUAAUGGUGGUUCUCAUCUCAAAGUCAUUAAGAGGACUUUCUGUGAAGGUCAUUUAAUGACGAGGCCAGGUUAUUUCUGAAGGCACAAAUGGCAUUUGAAAACUGUUGAAUGUAUAAAUCCCUGUAUUCUGUUACUUCAGUCAUGACUUCUCACACCCAUUAAAAAUUCACUGGCAAGCACAAA